CUACAAAAUUAACGUUAUUUACAAUUCAUAUCCUCGUGUGGUUGGUGAGACUGGCGGGAAGAACUGGGGCGUGGUUCAUUCGUCUGCGGAUAUAAGGAGCGCGGCACUGAAUACAAUCCGUGCAGCAUUUGAGUACCAGGGCCAGAAGUGCUCAGCCAACUCACGGGUCUAUGUUGCUGAGUCGGUCUGGCCAGAAUUCAAGGACCAUUUACAGAAAGAAAUUGCUGCAUUGAAGACCGGUCCUGUGGAGGACUACGGCAACUUUGUUAACCCGGUCAUCCACGAACGGUCCUUCGACAAGCUCAACAAAGUUAUUGAAGACGCAAAGAACGAUCCUGAGCUGGAGCUAAUUGCCGGUGGAAAGGUAUCAAAAGAAGAAGGGUUCUACAUUCAUCCUACAGUGUACCAGACCAGUAACCCGCGCCAUGAUAUCAUGUCUCGUGAACUGUUUGGCCCUAUCCUAGGUAUCUAUGUCUUCCCUGGUAAUAAGUGGGAGGAAACACUCAAGACAGUGGAUACUACCUCCCGCUAUGCUCUCACGGGCAGUAUCUUCGCCAAAGACCCCUAUGCUAGUCGCCAGGCGCAGACCAUCUUGAAGCAUGCCGCGGGAAUGCUCUAUCUUAAUACAAAAUGUACCGGCUCUGUCGUGGCCCAGCAGCCUUUUGGUGGUAGUCGGGACUCUGGCACGAAUGACAAGACAGGCACAAUGGCUCACUUGCUAAGAUUCGUGAGCACUCGGACUAUUAAGGAGGAAUAUGUCCCGUUGGAGAGGGUGCAGUAUCCUUCUAAUGAGGUUUGA